CAUAGUAACCGCCGUGUCCAAUGCAUGGUGGGAGGAACAGCAGGCGGGAGGAAGGGCGCAGUAAAGAUGUAGUGACGGUAACGCAAGAAGCGCAACUGCCACAGGAGGAGACUCAACACGAAUGCAAAAUCAACAGUAAAGUGUGUUAAAAAAAAAAAAAUAAUUGCAAACUGCAAACCGUACACUCGAUAUGUCCGCAAAGAAAGCAAACGGUUUUGUACUAAUGCAGUAGGGUAGAUUCGCUUUCGAGGCUACGAAAAUAAAUAAUCUGUGCGCUUUUUAAUUUUUAAGAACUAUUACAAGUUUAUUAUCUUCUAAAAUGCAGAAGACCUCCAAAUGGAGCACACCCAGAACGCCUUUCUAGAUAAUAAAUAAUAAUACUUUUAGUUGCAUCCUCGUCAUUUCUAGGAACAUGGAGGUAACCCGUGGGAAUGUGAGACAUCGUGCACCUAGUCGUACUAGCAGAAGAAACGAUCCACUGCUGGCAAGACGCGAUGGGUCUGAGCUCGCACUCAGUAAAGGCCACGGAAGCACUCGCGUUAUAAAAGACCCCCAGCGAGCUCCAGCCCUGCAGGUUCCUGCUGACGUACCCCAGAGUGAGAGGAGUGAUGCGGGGGCAGUCCGUCUGCUGAAAGGGCGUCGGAUUCAGUACAGGGUGGCUUACACCUGGAACAGGGGGGGGAGGCUCAAGGAACUGCGCAUCAGACACCUUGGGAGAAAGUUUCUCUACCUGUGGAUUGCCAAGACCUUCGGUCGAGUCCUGCCCUCCAAAGCAAGGUCCCAUCACAGCCACAGCGUUCUCCAGAAGGCCUUUGAGAAGUGGAGGGAGGAGUGGUGGCUGAUUAGGAAGGAAUGGAAGCUCAGUGUCCGAGCAGACUGCCACUACAGGUAUUACCUGUACAAUCUGGUCUUUAAGGGCUGGCAGACGUACAUCCUGCAUCAGCGCCAGAGGAAGCAGCAGUAUAAAGAAGCUGCCUCGUAUGGUAAUUCCCGGUGCUUGUCUGCGGCAUGGGAACACUGGCAGAUAUACGUCAGCAUGCGGAAAAUCAAACAAGACAUGCAGUCCAAAGCAAGGGAAUUCCACGAAGCAAACUCGAUGCAGAGUGCGUGGAGGAUCUGGGUCCGGUGCCUGCAGAGGAGGCAGAGCCUGUACGAGAUGGACGCGGCAGCCCUUCAGCACUGGGCUCAAGCCCUGCAGUACAGGGCCUGGGAGCAGUGGAAGGAGAUUCUCCAGCGGCUGUGGCUGGACAGAGAGAAGGAGAGGAGGGCUGUGCUUCACUAUCAGCACCGGUGCCUCAGGAAAUCCCUCCAGGUCUGGGUCCUCUAUCAACGGCACCGCACAGCCAAGAAGCAGCAGUACAGUCUGGCUGUGCGGGUGCGGCAGGGCUGCCUGGUCCAGCAUGUCUUCUGUGAGUGGAGCAGCGCCUGGCAGAGCAGACAGUGUGCCCGCGGCAGGCAGGACGCGAUCGCUGGACUCGCAGAGCGCAUCGCCACGCGCAGGGCGUUCACCCGCUGGAGACACUAUGUCACUUUGUGUGCUGAAGAUGCAGAGAAGAAUGACGCUGCUGAGGAGCACUACAGGCGCCAUCUGCUGCGUAAGGGAAUGAAAGCCUUGAGCACGAAUAUCACACUCAACCGCCUGAGUCAACUCCAGAGCAACCUGGCACACCAGCAGCGACACACUACAGUGGUGAGGAGGUUUUGGACUCUGUGGAAGCUGCGUGGCGAGGAACGUGAGGAGAAGGGAAUGCAGCCGCUAACUCUCAGAGCACACAGACAGUACAGGACAGUGCUGCUGCGGAAGUCUCUGACCGUCUGGACGGAAUACAUCAAAUGGAGGAGAUGGCGAAAGGUGCAGAUCGUCAGGGCUGACGAGCACUAUAGCAGGAAGACAUUCCCGCGUUGCAUCGACACCUGGAGAGAAUUCAUUCACCAGGAGAGACGCCACAGGGAGAUGAAAGACACGGCUUCUCAGUUUUACAAAGAGACGAGACAGAGAUGGAUAUUCUGCACCUGGUGGGAGAGAAUGAAUCAGCAGAAGGAAGAUCAGCUGGCUGAGAGAAUGGCUGUGAUUCAUUGGGACCGGUGCACAACGCUCCAGUUUUGGUGUAGGUGGCGUCUCCGAGCAGCCUGCCGUCUGGAAGAGCGGGAGAAGGAAGCCGCCGCGGAAGGGCAUUUUUCCCGACAGCUAUUCCGGAAAUCCUUCCGGUGCUGGAGGCAGAACGUCUCCGAGAUUAAAGCAGAAAGAAACAAUGAGAUUCAAGCAACAAGGCAUCAGUUCCACCGCAGUCUGAGAUGGGCCUGGAGCACAUGGCGACAGUAUGUGAAAGUGAGAGGAGAGAAGAGGAGGGUGAUCCUCCGAGCGGAGACACACUGCAGGCACGCACUGCUGCACAGAGUCCUGGACGGGUGGAAGCUCUAUCAGCGCAGCGUGCAGCAAGUUCUGCACAGAGUGGAGGAACAGGACAGGCGUCGGAAGAGAGGCUUGUUAAGGGUGACCUUCAAAGUGUGGCGAGAGAAGGCAGCGAUCCUCGCAGACAAAGCUCGAAAGCUUUGCAGAGCAGAGCAGCAUUACCGCAGGGCACUGCUUUCAAAGGCUCUGUUGGAAUGGAGAGAUGAGAUUUCUCUUCAGGUUUACCAUAGACAGCAGGAGCAGGACGCUGUGCACGAGGCACAGAAGCACAUUGCAACGGUGCGAUUGCAGCACAUGUUCUCGCGCUGGAGGGAGUUCAGUAGGAAGUCGGUGGAGCACAGGUCAAAGAUGGAGGUCGCUGCACAGCACCAUGGGAGAUGUAUUCUCAGGAAGUGUGUGUCCUCGUGGAAACUGUACCAUCUCGGCUGCAUACGGAAAAUGAUAUUGUAUCGUCAGGGGGAGUGGUUUCAGGCACAGAGACUCUCUCAACACUAUUUUAGCUGUUGGACAGUGCAGAUGCUGGGCAGGCAGAGAGAGGAACAGCAGACGGUCAGCGCUCUCUGGCACUGGUGCUUCAACCUGCAGGGAAAGGUGUUUGAUGCCUGGGUGGGCUAUGUCCUGGAGGAGAGAAGGAAGAAGGUUCGGAUCCAGAAAGCGGUGCAGUUCUAUCGGUCUCAGCUUCUCCGGGAGGGGGCCUCGCAGAUCCUGCGCUACGCUGCUGACAUGGGCCAGUUCCGCAGGACGCUAGCGGCACAGCAGCAGGUCAAGUCUGCCUACAGCCUUCACCAGGUCGUUCACCGCUGUGCGAUGACGUGGAAACACAGGGCUCUCUGUCACAAAGAGAGAAGGAGAGCCCACCCAGCCGCUGUCCCUCCGAAGAAAGCCGUGACGUUCCAUCUCCCAGCCGAGGCCAGGGCUGAGCCGGAGCGCAGACCGGAGCGCAGACCGGAGCACGUGGAAGUGGGGCUGCUCCUCGAGUACAACAGGGAGAGCCAGAAACCUGCAGGGAUACCGCCGUCGCGGGGGCCCGCAGAGCCCCUUGAGGACGACCUGGGAGUAUUUCCAGGGGCCAGGAGUCCAGUCCUACGUCACAGGAGGCUGCAGCCCAGAAGACCCGACUUCCUGCUGCGCUCCCUGGAGAAGGAGGGGCUCCACAAGCCUGGAAGAAGCAGUCCCAGUAAUCCUGACUUCCCGAGAGCACAGCCGUCUGCCCAGUCUGUGUCCAGCAUAGAGAGCUGCACACAGGAGGACAGUCCAGUCUUCACGCAGCCUGUUCAAAGACAAUCACCCGCCCGCACUGACCUCCCUGGCAGCCCACCUCCGCAGCCACUCUCCAGUAAACCCGGUUCUGAAGGGACAGGGCAGCUCAGAGCUCCGCUGGUACCGGCACAAGGACCCGGUGUACCAGCAGCGGCUCCUAGGAAGCUGCCAGCGUACCAUCCGGACCUGUCCGGCCAUAAAGAGGAGCUCCUGCCACCAUCGUCUUUCAUGAUGCCCAAGAGAGGGCGAGCGCACACAAGAGUUGGCUCCCCAGGCAGACAGCCUGCCAGUAAAGAUCUGAACAGGCCUGAGACAGAGGGGCUCCAGUUACACAGCCAGUGGGACCAGACCCCAGAGCUGCUGUCUCCGGAGGUCUUCACUGUGAAAAGAGGCCGGCGCUCUGUCAGCUUUGAGGAGGACUCGGCAGAGGAAGGGGGUGGGGAUCACAGCGAGCACUGCGACCGGCAGCUGCAGCUAGAAGCGGAACUGCGACAGAUCCGACAGGACAUGCAGCGUUUCCAUGACGACAAGCUAAACCUGAAGACCUGGCACAAGCAGGCUGGCGUGCUGAGAGCCUGGCUGCAGGGAAACGAGGAGGAGGAGGAGGGAGAGGAAGCCCAGCAAAUACAGCAGGACCUGGAGGAGCUGGAGCUGAAGACAGAGAUUCUCAGAGAGAGACUGAAGCAGGAAAGAGCUCAGAUUGAGCAGCACGCUGCUCGGAUUAAAGAGAUUCGCAGCAUGCUGGCAGCGUGACCCCACGGCCUUGCUCCAUCACAAACAACAAGCAAGCACUUCCAGGACUGAGCUGGGGAUGCAAUCUGUGAAUGGACGUUACAACGGAAAUUCUGCUUUUGUAAAUCUGAUAUGCUAAAUUAUUUGUUACCUAAUUUAGAACUGUUUAAAUAAAAAAUACAUAGUUGCACAUUGUCACAUA